UCAGAAAAUUUUUUUUCUUACAUUUAAUUUUUUUAUAUUUUUUUCUCUAAAAAUUAAAAAAAAUGAGAUAUCCUCAUAUUAUUACGAACAAUGUAAAAAUAGCUUACGAACCGCAUUCGGCGGCUGAAGAAUUAGCCAGGGAAGCAGAGCGCACAUUUUUUGCUGAAAAUUUCGAUUUCGACAAAGAAUUAUGUCCAUCGUUAACUACACUAUGCGUGGAAGUAAUCGCAAAAAACUUUAAAGAAAGACCUUUACUCCAAGAACUCCCAUGCGCGGAUCGAUUACAUUUACUAGAACUACUCCCGACUGAUAUCCCUUUAGAAUUAGCCGUUCCAAUAAUCGAGGAGGAAAUUUAUUGGAAACGGAGAUACGCGGAUAAUUACGGGGUUGUUAAAUAUGUAAAGCAUGAAUAUUGGACUUGGAAAUGCUUGUAUCUUGAACAUUUUCUUCGGGUAACGCUUGAAGAAGCUCAACCUCAAUACAGCGAUGAAACGGGAAUGGGCGACUUAUUAAAGUUAUUAAAUCCUUUUGUGCAUAAAGUAACAGUUACGCAACUACAAGCAUGGAAGCCUCCUUUAACAUCAGACGAAGAAGAUAUCCCUGAAGUUUAUCCCAUUGAUCACAUCGAUUUCGAACCAGUUUUGCAAAAAUUAGAAAAUAUAACCGAAGUUGAUAUAAUUUUCGGGAUGAAAAAUUUAGAAAUGAAUUUCGAAUGGCACGCCUUUGAACUUUCAGUGUCCGAUUGCGCCCAUAUAGGAAGAGCAGUUUUAUAUUUAAAAUCAUUAAAAAAAUUUCGACUUCAUAAAACCCCAAUCGACGAUGACCAUUUGAGAGCUUUAUUAGAAAAUUUAAUUAAUCACGAAACAAUAGAACUUUUAGAUUUUUCAAACUGCUCAAUCGGCAAAACCGGAGCUUUAUGUUUAGCUAAAGUUAUGUUAACAAUGAAAACUUUAACCCAUUUAAUCAUUUCAAAUAAUAACAUAACCGCAACGGGGGGGAUUGGAUUGGGAUACGCCUUAUUACAACCACAAUGUUGUCCUUUAUACCACUUAGAUAUGAGAUUAAACCCAUUAAAACACGACGGUGUUAUGGGAUUAUUACGAGCUAUGGCCCGCCAAGCCAAUUUGGCCGAAUUAAGAAUUGGGGCGACAAUGUUCGAGGACGACACAGCUUUAAGAGUUUCCGCUGUAAUCAAAUUAAACCCGUAUUUAAGGAAACUAGAUAUAAGUUCGAAUUGGAUCGAUGAAAAGCAUUAUGAAGAAUUGGUAAACGCGCUUGUCGUAAAUAGAACUCUGUUUUGGAUAAAUGUGCGCGAAAUGGAUAUCCCGACAGAAAUAACGGAUAAAAUUAAAAAGUUAUUGUAUCGAAAUCGAAAUGGAUUGGAUGAUGUUGAAGAGGAUGAAGUGGAAUCCGAGGAAAUUAUUGAAGAAGAAGAAGUAGAGGACGAAAUCUUAGAGCAGGAAGAAGAGGAAGAUGAGGAAAAAUAAAUUUAAAGAAUUUGUUG